UCGCAAAUGGACAGACCAUACUAGCGGUCAUGGCGAUGAUGGUUUGAGCUUUAUGAUUACCAUCUGGAAAUCAGAGUCUCCCUACAAUCUGACCAUCAUCUCCGAAAAUGCUGAUGGGAUUUCUGCACCUUCCGAUUUCUUAGUCUUUUAUUCGUAUGGCGUACCUCAAGAAGACCCGAACCAAAACGUUAAUCUUAUAUUAGAAAGUCGCUUGUAUGAAAGGAUCUCUCUUAAGAUGCACGCCACUGGGUAUCCAUCCCCAAUGUAUGAGUGGUAUCACUUCGGCCAGAGACUGAAAAGCUAUAAUCAGAAUUAUUCGAGCGAGGUCACAAUUGAGUCCAUGCAGUUAAAAGACUUUGGAUAUUACAAACUGAUAAUGACCAACACAGCAGGCACAAGCACAUAUAACUACUUCAUCGCUGCGUAUGGGCCACCAGAUGCAGCAUCUGACAUUGAAGUCUUCAAUAUAACCGAUACUUCAGUAACGUUGGACUUUAGACCUGGAUUUAAUUACAAUAAAAAACAGUUUUUCAAAAUACAUAUAGAAACUUCUAGAAAGGAGACGGACAUUGACAUGCUAUUAAAUGACACCACGAAUGGGAUAGCAGACAGUAGACAGAAUUAUACUGUUAGUCGAUUAGAACCUGGAACGGAUUACAAACUAACUAUUAUCGCCUACAACAAAGAAGGGUAUGCUGAUCCGUCCUCAACGGUUUAUUUUCGCACUGAAGGAUCAGCAAAGACUGGUUCCAUAGCUGUCAACAAUCUCAUUACGAUUAUCGCCUGCGUGAGUACAGGAUUGGCCAUCAUCUCGGUGUUAACAGUGCUGGCCAUAAGGAAGCGGAAACGAUCUGAUGCAGAAGUCGUUCAUCUAAGUGCUGGUGAAGUAGCUGACUGUACAAACAGUAAAGGUAUAUAAAAUACAUAAAAUAUGUAAGAACAUAGAGAAUGUAAGGUAAGAUUCUUUAUGUACUACACGUGUAAGCUUUCCUGAGACGAGUCGGA